UCUAGCUUUGAUUCGAAUCGGUUUCCAUUACCAAUCUCAUUUUCAGAGAGAGAGAGAGAGAGAGAGGGUUAAUUUGUAAGAGAGCAAGGAAGAUGCUAACAAUAUUCAACAAGGAUUUGAUGAAUCCGCCAAAGGAGCUGCACAGCCCAGCCUCACUCAGUUCAUCCAACAAACCCAAGUUCCCAGAAGAGAUCAUCAAGGAUUUUCUCGCUUCAAAUCCCACCAAUGCUUUCUCAAUCGGGUUCGGAUCCUCAGCCUGCAUUGCUUAUGCCCCGCCCGAGAAUUGUUACUGUAACUAUCAAAGGUUGUUUUGUGGUGUGGAUGAAAUGUACUGCAUUUUCUUGGGGGGUUUGAAUAAUCUAAACAGCCUUUUAAGGCAGUAUGCUCUGUCGAAAGGCAGCAACGAAGCAAUGUUUAUCAUCGAGGCGUAUCGGACCCUCCGUGACCGAGGUCCUUACCCGGCCGAUCAGGUGCUAAAGGAUCUUGAAGGCAGCUACGGAUUUGUGGUGUAUGAUAGCAAGGCAGGAAGUGUUUUUGCUGCACUGGGUUCAGAUGAAAGGGUUAAACUCCAUUGGGGUGUUGCAGCUGAUGGAUCGGUUGUUGUCUCGGAUAAUCUGAAGCUUAUAAAAGAAAGCUGUGCAAAAUCAUUUGCACCAUUUCCAGCUGGGUGUAUGUUCCAUAGUGAGCAAGGGUUGAUGAGUUUCGAGCACCCGAGGAGCAAAGUGAAGGCAAUGCCGAGAAUCGACAGCGAAGGUGUUAUGUGUGGUGCCGAUUUCAAGGCCGACGUUCAGUCAAGAAUUGGAACCAUGCCGCGAGUCGGUAGUGAAGCCAACUGGGCACUGCGAGGCUCCCAUACUUGAAUACUUAAUUGAGACGAUUGAGAUCAUAACAAGACCCGCAUUUUAUUCCUUGAUUUCUGAAUGAUUUCUUGUUUUUUCUUGGCAUUAUUUCCUUCAUGUUUAUGGAUUUUCUACUUAAGUCGAACUGUAAAAAAAUGGCCUAAAAGCAUGAAAAGGCAUGUUUGAUAAAUA